CACCAUGGUCGCUCGCCGCCUCCUAUUGGUUGGAGAGGGAAAUUUCUCCUUCGCCGCCGCCUUGAGCGAGAAUCAAGGGCCCGGCACAAGUCUCAUAGCCACUUGUCCCCAGGAACUCACGGACUUGGCGGGGGACUCGGUGUUUCAGGAGAACCUACAACGCCUGCGCGACCGAGGUGCUGAGGUGCGCUUUGGGGUGGACUGUACCCAGUUGGCAGAAGUCUUUGCAGAGGAUGGCUGGAAGUUUGAUCGCAUUUAUUUCAACUUCCCGCACUGUGGGCGCAAAGCUGGGGUGGCCAAGAACAGGGAGCUACUUGCCAGGUUUUUCCAGAGCUGUGCUGAUGUCCUUGCAGAAAGAGGGGAGGUUCAUGUGGCAUUAUGCAGAGGACAAGGAGGAACUCCUGUUGAUUAUCCCAGGAGAGAAUGGCAUAAUAGUUGGCAAGUAGUAGCUAUGGCAGCUAGAGGAGGACUCAUCUUGAGCAAUGUUCAUCCUUUCAUUUCUGGGACUGUGCCAGGGUACAAGUGCACUGGGUACAGGAGUCAGAACAAGUCCUUCCAUGUUGAAGGUGCUUUGAAUCAUGUCUUUACCCGGAGUUUACCUUUUGAAGAAUCCCAGCCCAUGAUCUGCAGAGUUAGAUUGGAUGACCAUUGGCUUUUCUUCACUGUACCAGAAGCAUUAGUAGGGAAGAUAAACAGAGGUUUCCUUGAAACAAAUUCAAAUCAUCCUGUCAGGACCAUAAAUGAAAAGCUGAUUGCUGAGCUCAGUAAAACUUUUUUACUUUGGAGACUGAAAUGCCCCACUCCUUUGCUUCCAGAGAAAGGCUGUGAUAAUCUCAUUGCCUGGAGCUUUGAUUCUCCAUCAGCUCCUUUUUGGAUCAUUCCCCAAAAAGAGAAAAUUCCACAUUCUGAGUUGUUGGCUGAUGAAACAACAUGUGACAUGAAGGAAUUUCUGGUGUCAUUUUCAAGGCUUCAUCUUCAGAAAGACCCUGAGUGGAAAGGGGAACAAGAGACCCAAAAGAAAAUUCAAAGCCCAACAAAGUUCCAUCUCAGAUCUUCCCUCCUAGUUUAUGCACAGGAUAUUAUCCAAAGACCAUCCUUUCUCCCAGGAUCUCUGCACAUCCUCAGUGGUCCUGUUUUUAGGAAAUGCUUUAUUUCACCUUUCAUGCUGCCAGCAUUUCAUGAGACUUUAUUUAUUCAUGGAUUUAAUAAAGAAAUGAGUGAUUCCUGUCUUCAGUUAUUCUUGGAACACCUGAAAUGCACUCUACAUGGUCUUCUCACACAGAGGUUGCCAGAUGGCCCUGAAUUGAGCAACUCUCUGAUAUUUAAACCUCAGGAAAAUAAAAAAGAUUAUUUGAUCUGUGUGAAGCCUCACAAUUUUGGUCCAGAUGAAAUUGUGGAUCUGGUUAUUGGGUCUAUCAUAACAUCUGCUACAAGCCAGGUGUACCAAGACUUGGAUUUUGUAUUUGCAUCUUUGAACUUAGAUCUUUUAGUCAUGCUGGUAUGGGGGAUCUCUGACUGGAGAAUUUUAUGGACCUUCGAUGAACGUUUUCUAGAUCAUUUUGUUCCAGGGAAAAUAGAACCCUUUAAGAUUUUUUCCCUCUAUCCUCCAUCUUAUGUACAUGAUAUUAGUUUUUGGCUAGAUGAGGAGAGGGGAUUUGAUGAAGUAGAGUUUCACACUGUGGCUCGAGCUGUAUCUCAAGAUAUGAUCACAUCUAUACAGCUCCUUAAUCAUUUCCAGCACCCACAAACUGGACGGGUCAGCCUUUGCUAUAGACUGACCUAUCAGACUUGUGACAGAGCUCUAAGUCAUCAGCAGGCAACAGUGAUUCAAAAUCGAUUUAGGAAUGAGAUACAGCGAUGUUUACAUGUGACAUUGAGGUAGCUUUGUGGAAUUAAGUGAUUUUCAAGUGUUGGCAUGAAUGAAAAGAACAAUAUGUGUUUUUUCCACACCAAAGACUUUCUCAGUUUCUGACUAAUAAUUAUUUUACUGAGCCACUCACAUUUCAGCCUUCUGUGUUCUAAUUUCUGUCUCUUUCAUUUGAUUGAAAAUGCUGUCUCCAAGAUUCUCACAAACUCAUAGCUCCCUUUUCAGUCAUCAUCAUUAUUCUUCACUUUUCUUUAGCUUUUUAUACUGCUGACUUCUCCCUUUUUCGAAGCACUCUGUCUGUUUUUCUGAUAUUGCUUUCUCCUGAUUCCACCUAUUUUACUAAUUUUUUUUCAGUCUUUUUUGUUGCAGCAAAACCAUGUUCUGUUCAUUUUGUAUAUGCCCCAGUCCUAUUUCUGGGCACUCUUUUUUUUCUCUUUGUAUAUAUUGUCUUAAUGACUGAACCAGCCCUUAUGUUUUAAGUUAUCAUCUUUUUGUCAAUUACUCUUAAAUUUAUAUAUACCAUCUCUUUUCCUUGGCCUGCUUCCUUGAAAUAUUUUCAUUUCCCUAUUCCAUAGUAUCUUGAAUUCAAAAAUUCCAAAUCAGAAAUCAUUUCCCCCCAAAAAAAGCUCAUUCUUUUUUCAAAAUCCCUAUCCUUUCUUUCUACUUCCAUUAUGCUUUAUUUUUCAUCUCAACAAGUCAGCACUAUUUAAAAAUAUAUUUUCAUUGAUAAUUUUUUUUAAUAACACCAUAAUUUUCCCAGUAUCCCACUACACAUCUCAGAGUCAUCCUGAAUAACAAAUGUUUUAUAAAGAAAAAAAGGAAGAAAAAAAAUCAAGAUUAAUCAAUACAUUCAAAAAGUUUGAAAAUAUAUGCAAUUUACCACAACCCUAUGAGAGGAAUAGAGUGAGAGUGUCUUCUUAUUUGUCAAUUUUGGGGUCAUGUUUAUUCUUUGUAAUUUUGCGGCUUUCUCUUCUGAUUGCUUUCUGAUUGUGCUUUACAUUUACAUUGUUCUUGUUAUGCUGCUAUGGACUACUCUAACCUGGUAGCUCCCCUUUGAGCUACUCUUAAUGCCCCUCCGUUGAAGGCACAGCUAGGCCAUACUUACCCAUAUUCGGGCACCAACCCGGAUCCCAUAGAGACAGAUCACCAGGAGGUAGGGGUGAAGCGAAAGAGAACUUAAUUCUUAGAUAGCACAUAUUUAUAUCCCACUGAGGAUCGGGAGAAAGGGGAAGUCCUCUAGGAAUCUGGCAUAAUGGGAUUGGCCUGAGAAGAGGGAGGGAGGUGUGCUAGGCUUUGAGAGCACUAAGAAAGGAGAUAUGUGGUACCUGGGAUCAGACACAGUCUCUUGGGCUAAGCCCACCUCCACAUAGGACUGGCCUGUGCCUCAGUACCUCUCAUUCCUCAGAUGCCUUGAACUCCCACAUGCCUUGAACUGCAUUCCUUGCUUCUAGAGGCUUUUUAAUCCUUACAGUUGUAAUCAAUGCUAUUUUGUUUUCUUGGUUCUGCUUGUUUCAUACGGCAUCAAAUUGUGUCUGUAUUUCUUUGUAUUCAUCUUAUUUGUCUUUUCUUCCUGUAGUUAUAUUCCUUUACAUUAUGUAUUUCUUUAGCCACUUCCCAUUUGAUGGAUAUGUAUUUUAUUUCCAAUUCUUUGCUACUACAGAAAGUGCUGUUAUAAAUAUUUUCUUGUAUAUGGGGACUUCUUUUUUUUUUUUUUAAAUAAUAGCUUUAUUUUCAAAAUACAGGCAAAGAUAGUUUUCAACAUUCAACCUUGCAAAACCUUGUGUUCCAAACUUUUCUUCCUCCUUUGCCCUCACCCUCUCCCCUAGACAGCAAGUAAUCCAAUAUAGGUUAGAGACAUGUGUGAUUCUUCUAAACUUUAUAUUUCCACAUCAUGCUGUAUAAGAAAAAUCAGAUCAAAAAGGAAAAAAAAAUAGAAAAAAGCAAGAAAACAACAAUUAAAAAGAUGAAAAUACUAUGUUAUGAUGCACAUUCAGACCCCAUAAUCGCUUUCUGGACGCAGAUGACUCCAUUACAAAUCUUGGAAUUGGCCUGAAUUAUCUCAUUGUUGAAAAAGCCAAAUCCAUCACAGUUGAUAAUCACAUAAUAAUCUUGUUUCUGUGUACAAUGUUCUCUUGGGUCUACUCACUUCAUUUAGCAUAUAAGUCUUUCCAGGCCUCUCUGAAAUCAUCCUGCUGAUGGUUUCUUACAGAACAAUAAUAUUCCAUAAUAUUCAUAUACCCUAACUUAUUCAGCCAUUCCCAAACUGACAGAUAUCCACUCAAUUUCCAGUUCCUUGCCACCACAAAAAGGGCUGCUGCAAACAAUUUUGCACAUUUGGAUUAAAGUUUUAUACACCUUUGGGCAUAGUCUCAAAUUGUUCUCCAGAAUGGUUGGAUCUGUUCACAACUCCACCAAUAAUGUAUUAGUGUCUCACUUUUCCCUAUCCCCUCCAACAUUUAUCAUUAUCUUUUCCUGUCAUCUUAGCCAAUCUAAGAGGUGUAAAGGGGUACCUCAGAGUUAUCUUAAUUUACAUUUCCCAUAGUGAUUUAGAGCAUUUUUUCAUAUGACUAGAAAUGUCUGAAAUUAUCUGAAAAUUGUCUAUUCAUAUCCUUUAUCAAUUGGAAAAUGGUUUGUAUUCUUAUAAAUUUGAGUCAAUUCUCUAUAUAUUUUAGAAAUAAGUCUUUUAACAGAAAACUUGGAUGUAAAAUUUUUCGCCUUUUUUCUGCUUCCCUUCUGAUCUUGGUUGUAUUCAUUUUGUCUGUACAAAAUCUUUUUAAUUUAGUAUAAUAAAAAUUAUCCAUUUUGCAUUUCA